GUGUUCUGUAAAAGUGAACCAACCCUCCUAGCAUUCGUGGAGUGGAUGGCAAUGAAUCUUCCUAUGUGGCUGCUGAGUCAUCAGCCGUGUGUGUUUGCUGAUUUUAAGCAAACGAGGAUGUUCUUAUCAAGCUGCUGCCCAAAGUUAACCUGCGUUUGGCAGCAGAUGGUCCGGGGUAAAGUGUACCUGGCUGAAAUAGUCAACAGGCGGAACUACCCGGUAGCGAAAUACCAGCAGAGCAGCAGCAGAGAGGAGAAAUCGCUUCUAAUGGAUAUAAAUGAACUGGAGGAGCAGUAUGACUCCAUACGACAGAAACAAAAAGAACAGACUCAUGUUAUUUUUAAAACUGGUAAAAGUAAACAUGAAAGUGGAGAGUUUUUCAAGCUCCAAGUCAAAACCGUGUCAGUCAACUGCACAGUGAAAAAACCAAAGGCAUUCGAAGAACACCUUCCUGUUAACAAUGUCACACUUGACUUUCCAAACAAAGAUUAUGUUCAGGAUGGCGAAACCCCUUGGCGCACACAUCUAGAUAUUUACCGUGUGCUACAAGCACAGAACACUGGUCAAAAGAGUCACUUGCAGGCCAACAAGGAACCAGAUGAUCAAAAUCAACAGCCACCCUCAAUGAGCAAUAAAGGCCUACUCAAUAAAGGUAGAACUAAGUUAUGUUAUUAUAAAGGAGCCAGUGGUGAAGUAACAACACACAUCACCUGCAAACCCAAUGAAUUAAAGGCAACUCACUCUUUCACCAACCGUAAUCACUGCAUUCCUAAGAUCAAUAAAAGAUUUUCAUUUCCAAAUGAGAGAUCAAGUGUAUGGUCAAGCAAAAAUGGGCUUCUCACUAAAAUAGUACCAGUUGCCAUAAAAGGGGAUCAUUACCCAUUCCCUCAAAUGAAGACUCCAAGGAAGUCUGACACUGCCAAGAACCUUGGCUUGUAUGCCAAGUAGUAUGACAUCUUCACUGAAACAGUAACUGUUAAGCCCUAAAAAGUGACUUGUUCCCUGGAAAUGAAAUUCCAAAUGAAUACACAAA